AGAGCACUACACCUAUCAGCUGGCGGCACUUGUGUUUAUUACUGGCUUUUGAUUGAUAGCAAACAAGUUAAAAUUGAGUAAUAGUACAUAAAAUACUUAUCAUUUACUAGCAUGUAAAAACUGUUCAACACAAAUUUCUUAUCAUGCCGCUUAUCAGUAAUGGCUGAGUGAACAGCCCGCGCCUUGUGUACUCGAUUCAGUCAAUGCGAAUUCUAUUUUGGCUUAAUGACCAUAAAAAACGGAUAAGCACCUGCGCCGCGAAACUAUUGUAAAAGGCGUAGAUUUGCAAAGUUUGAAAACAGUUUAAACGUAGCGCUGACCGUUAACACACAGCUAAAUUAUUCGCAAGCAAAUGGCUCAAGCAGCGAACAUGGUUGCAUUUCAAAGUGCCAAGGGUAGGCAGGAUGUCGAGCCGAAGAACAUAUACGAGGACACGAAGAUAUUUCCAGCCUUUCGCGGCGGUCCUUUGGCAGAGUAUCGCGAAAAGGCGAGCUUCUGUUACAAGCGCAUGAAUGUUCUGCUGGAGGGCGAGGAGCACAUUCGUCUAAAGCACAAAGUUUGGCAGUGGAUGGAAGAACAUCCCGACUUUCAGCGGGAACCGGAAGCGCCCAGCCUGGAGCGUACAAGGGAGCUGGCCAACAAGCGGCAUCAUUUAAUUUGGGAGCAAAGGUUCUUCGGCGUCGAUGAGUAUCUAACGACGCCGCAUUUGAUGUUGGCAUUUGGCCAAGCAAUCUUCAGCUAUGACUUCAGCAUGUCAGUCAAAUUCGUGCUCUCUAAUGGCAUGUUUCCUAGCACCUUGGUGUCCAAUGGCACUGGCCGUCUAGGCAAAUAUGUGGCGAAGAUAGCCAAUGAUCGCAUUCUGGGCGCUUAUGCUCUGACCGAGGUCUCUCAUGGAACGAAUGCAAAUGGCAUGCGCACACGCGCCACAUAUGAUGUCAAGACAAAGGAGUUCAUUUUGCACACACCGGACUUUGAGGCAGCGAAGUGCUGGGUUGGUAAUCUGGGCAAGACUUGCACCCAUGCGAUUGUCUAUGCACAGCUGUAUGUGCCGGAUGAGAAGCAUCAGGGCUUGAAUGCAUUCCUGGUGCCCAUUCGCGAUGAGCGCACGCUGCUGCCAUUGCCUGGCGUCACCGUUGGCGACUUAGGCGAAAAAAUUGGCCUCAAUGGCAUUGACAAUGGAUUUGUAAUGUUCAAUCAGUAUCGCAUACCUAAGGACAAUUUACUGUCAAAGACAGGCGACAUUGAUGCCCAGGGCAAUUACAGCAGCCCCAUCAAGGAUAGUCGUAAGCGAUUGGGAGCCUCUCUGGGCGCUCUAUCAACGGGACGUGUCAAUAUCACAUUUUUGGCAUAUGUAUCGCUGAGCAAGGCAAUUUGCAUUGCCACACGCUACUCGGCCAGCCGUCGGCAGUUUGGCCCGAACGAUAGUAAGGUGGAGUGGCCCGUGCUUGAGUAUCAGUCGCAGCAAUAUCGCAUUUUGCCACAUCUGGCUACCACGAUAGCAUUGCGCGUGGCCACGCUCUGGAUCUGCAAGAUCAAUGUGGAUCUGACCAUCAGGGGUAUGAUGGGCGAGGAUACGUCCAAGGAGGGCAUGGAAAUACAUGCAAUUUCAUCGGCACUCAAGCCAUGCGCCACCUGGGCAGCACGCGAUGGCAUCCAGGAGAGCCGUGAAGCCUGCGGCGGUCAUGGCUAUCUGCGGGCAACGGGCUUGGGCGAUCUGAGAAAUGACAAUGAUGCCAAUUGCACUUAUGAGGGUGAAAAUAACACACUCAUUCAGCAGGCAUCCAAUUGGCUGAUCAGCUUGCGUCGCAGCAAUACCAAUUUUGUAGACGUGUCGCCGUUGGAGACAGUCUCGUUCCUGAGUGAUAUGAAUGUAAUACUGCAGAUCCAGGGACAGGAGCGUACCCCAGCUCAGGCUCUCGAUGUGAAUAAUUUGCUUAAGGCGCUGAACUGGCUGACCGCCUGGCAACUGGAUGAAACAGUUAAACGGUUCGAGAAGCUGCAAUUUGACGGCAAAGAUGCAUUCGAGACACGCAACAAUAUUCAAGUGUUUGCGGCACAAAAGCUAUCCAUUAUCUAUGCAGAGCGCACCAUUUACUAUGUGUUUUAUAAGUUUGUGACCGGUCUGCCCGCCUCGCCCGAGCAGAAGGUGUUGCUUCAGGUGCUGUCAUUCUAUGGCGCCAAUUUGGUUACCAAAUACUCAGCUAUAUUCUAUCAAGGAGGCUAUUUCCGCAAUAGUUCGCACAUUGAACUGUAUCAGCGUGGCAUAUUGGAGCUAUUGUCAGUGCUGAAGAAUGAAGCCAUUGCCUUGGUGGAUGCAAUUGCACCCACCGAUUUCGUUUUGAACUCGCCGCUGGGCAUGAGUGAUGGCAAUGUUUAUCAGCACUUGCAGCGCGCCAUUGUGUCCACGCCCGGUGUACACGAGCGUCCAGCCUGGUGGCGUGAUGUUACUUACAAGAAUUAUUUACAACGCGGCAAGUUGUAAGAUUCACAAAAAUCAAACUUAAACAAAAAAUAUCACAUUUUAUUAUUCUCUUAUUAGUAUUUUAAGUUUUAUGAGUGCCUUUGUCAUGAAUGUCACUAUUAUUUGAAACAGUCUUGUACUUUAAAGCUUCGUGAUAUACUAUGUAUGUUCAUGUACAUAUAAAAAUGAGCAAUAGUGCUAAUUAUAGUUUACACUUCAAUACAUCAAGGUUUGCAAUAAACUUAUCUUGUUGACGUUGCUA